AUUUUAGGAAGUUCAGAAGCAUUCUGUGCACACACUUGUGUUCAGAUCUUUGAAGAGAACCCAUGAUAUGUUUGUAGCCGAUAAUGCCAAGCCUAUCCCAUUAGAUGAAGAAAGUCACAAAGUAAAGAUGGCAGUCAAGCUGCGUACAGAGUAUGGCUCGGUGUUACACAUGCCUACUCUUAAAGAAAACUUGAGGGAGAAAGGAGGCCCAAACACGGGGGAUCCUUAUGGACACAAACAGUAUUCUGGAAAUCAAGGACAAGAACUUGAGUAUUUGAUAACUGGUACACAUCCAUACCCACCUGGGCCUGGUGUGGCUCUGACAGCAGAUACUAAGGUCCAGAGGAUGCCUAGUGAAUCUGCAGCGCAGUCCUUAGCCGUAGCGCUUCCUGCCUCUCAGUCCAGGUUGGAUGCAAAUCGAACAGCUGCUGGCGUGGGUGAUAUUUACAGGCAUGCUGGAAUAUCUGAGCGUUCGCAGCCUCCUGGGAUGUCAGUGGCCAUGGUGGAAGCUGGCGGAAACAAAAAUUCUGCAUUAAUGGCGAAGAAGGCUCCGACCAUGCCCAAACCUCAGUGGCAUCCACCUUGGAAACUAUACAGAGUCAUCAGUGGUCACCUGGGCUGGGUGAGAUGCAUUGCAGUAGAACCAGGAAAUCAGUGGUUUGUUACUGGCUCUGCUGACAGAACCAUAAAGAUUUGGGACCUUGCUAGUGGCAAAUUGAAAUUGUCUUUGACGGGACACAUCAGUACUGUACGAGGGGUGAUAGUAAGUGCAAGAAGUCCAUACCUCUUUUCUUGUGGAGAAGACAAACAAGUGAAAUGCUGGGAUCUUGAAUACAAUAAGGUUAUCAGACAUUACCACGGUCAUCUAAGUGCUGUCUAUGGUUUAGACUUGCAUCCAACAAUAGAUGUACUGGUAACAUGUAGCAGAGAUUCAACAGCACGAAUUUGGGAUGUAAGGACGAAAGCCAGUGUGCACACACUAUCAGGACACACAAAUGCCGUAGCAACGGUGAAGUGCCAAGCUGCAGAACCACAAAUUAUUACAGGCAGUCAUGAUACUACCAUACGGCUCUGGGAUUUAGUGGCAGGAAAAACUCGUGUUACUUUAACAAAUCACAAGAAAUCUGUAAGAGCAGUAGUGCUACAUCCAAGACAUUACACAUUUGCAUCUGGUUCUCCAGAUAAUAUCAAGCAGUGGAAAUUCCCAGAUGGAAACUUUAUUCAGAACCUCUCUGGUCACAAUGCUAUUAUCAACACACUGGCUGUAAAUUCUGAUGGUGUUCUGGUCUCAGGAGCUGAUAAUGGUACAAUGCAUCUUUGGGACUGGAGAACUGGAUACAAUUUCCAGAGAGUACAUGCAGCUGUACAGCCAGGCUCUUUGGAUAGCGAAUCGGGAAUAUUUGCUUGUGUUUUUGACCAGUCAGAAAGCAGAUUGCUAACUGCUGAAGCUGAUAAAACCAUAAAAGUAUACAAAGAAGACGAUACUGCGACUGAAGAAACUCACCCUGUCAGCUGGAAACCAGAAAUUAUCAAGAGAAAGCGGUUUUAGUGCAGCAACAUACUUAUGCUGUAAUUUUGUUUUGACUUCCCUGAGAGCAUUCAGUGACAUUUUGUUCUGUCUACAACAGCAGAGCAGGAAGUCAGCUAAGUCAUUGCUAUUUCAACAUGUUUUAUAAUAAAUUUUAUUUCUCUUUCCUUUUGUCUUUCUUUGGUGUGAUCCCAGCAAACCAGUUGCAGCUGUUAACUUUCUCUUUGUGGAGUAUGUAUAGUUCCUGAAAAGGAUAGAUGUGCCGGUGGUUACUUUUUUAUAUGAAUCUGUUGAGUGUAAGUCUAAAAAUACUUUGAGCCAGGUUUUCUGAAAGACCCUUGCUUGACUCCAAAAGUUAAUUGCAAAUUUAUGCAUCGAAGCCAUCUACUGGAAAUUUCUUGAGUGACACUUUCAGAUUUUAGACCAGUAUUGUGUACUGUACAUAUGCUAAGUAUAUACUGUAAUGGAACAGUAUGUAUACUAAAUUGUAGAGUAAUAGAGUAAUCAAGAAAGAAGCAGGAUGAUACAAUAAUAAUGUAGUUUGCUUUAUAAACACAGUUACUGAGCAUUGCCAGUGCUGUGUUAUUGAAUGAAAUGGAUCUUCAGUGUGUUUCUUUCCCUAGGAGAGCUUUCACAUG